AUGAUGAUGGGUAAGGCAGUUCUCGAGUCACCGAGUCGGAGGUGUCUGACACUUUUGCAGCUACUCUGUGUACUCCGUAGACUGCAGAGAGACAGACAUAGACCUAUCCGUACCGGUAUCCGUAACCCGCACUUCUUUGCAGUUCGAUGUCUGGGGCGACCCGGUCAGAGUUGGGAAAGACAGACGUGCUCAGCCAGUGGAAGAGCCGCGAAUGCAGCGAGUGAGGGGCAGCAGGUUUCUGGAGACUGGAAGGGCCCCCACCUCACCGGCAACAGCAAAGGAGCUGCAGCUUCUGGCACCACUUGCCUGCAGCAACACACAUCGCGAUAUUCCUUGGAACCUUGA